CAUCGUGCAAUCUCUGAUUAGUAAACUAGCUUUCCGCAAAGAAGAGAAAGAAACACAAGACUUCUCAGGAACCAAAAUCGCAACAACGUAUCCGAUCGGAUCCAUUCCUUCAUAUAGCUCUUGAGUGUGUCCAAUUUCCACAUUUUGCGGAAUAGAGAAACAAACUGUCUGUCAAAACCGCCAUCGCCCUAGGGUUUCUCGCGAAAUGUGCGCGAUCGAGACCUAGGGUUUAUGAGGCGUUAACUGUUGCUGCUCCUGCAUAAGCUUCAAGCGUCGUCGUUUCUAUUCUCUUCCCGCGGGACCCAUUUUACCAAACCACGCUUUCAUUCUGUUGAUUGAGUGCAUGGAGAGGUUUUCGUCUUACAGGCGUCGUUCUGACGGAGAGGGCAGUUCCGCUUCAGCCGAGGACAAUCGCCGGAAGCGCGCCAGAGUUUAUUUUGAUUUCGAUGGCGCUCAUUCUGCGAUUGCGGGUUCUUCGAAUGUUGGGAAAUCCAGUGCAUCUGCCGAAUAUGGGGAUUAUAAUGAUAUUCAGGGAUCGUCUGUUCAAUCCAACGAUGAUGCUUUGCGGUUGAUGUCUUCUGGUGAGGGGAGUAACUUUGAUGAAGGAGAUGACAGUGACAUCGCAAAUGUAGAUGAUCUAGUAAACAAGAUGGAUCUUACGGAUGAUUUGUUGCACAUGGUUUUCUCCUUUUUGGAUCACUCCAAUCUCUGCAAAGCUGCCAGGGUUUGUAAUCAGUGGAGAAUUGCUAGUGCUCACGAAGACUUCUGGAAGAGUUUGAAUUUUGAAGAUCGUAACAUAUCUGUUGAGCAAUUCGAGGACAUCUGUAGGCGUUAUCCUAAAAUCGCAACAAUCCGCUUGUCCGGUCCUCCCUCUUACCAGCUUGUCAUGAAGGCCGUCUCUUCGUUAAGAAAUCUUGAGGCUUUAACGUUGGGAAGAGGAAAUAUAAUGGAUAGUUUUUUCCAUGCUUUGGCUGAUUGUUCUAUGUUGAGGAGACUGAGCAUCAAUGAUGCUGUACUUGGCAGUGGUAUUCAGGAAAUAUCAGUUAAUCACGACAGACUGUGUCAUCUUCAGUUGACUAAGUGCCGUGUGAUGCGUAUAGCUGUCAGGUGCCCACAACUCGAAACCAUGUCCUUGAAGCGCAGUAACAUGGCUCAGACUGUACUCAACUGCCCCCUUUUGCAAGAGCUUGAUAUAGGGUCUUGCCACAAACUUCCUGAUUCUGCUAUUCGAUCAGCUGUGACAUCAUGCCCGCAAUUAGUUUCUUUGGACGUGUCUAAUUGUUCAUGUGUUAGUGAUGAAACAUUAAGGGAGAUAGCCCAGAAUUGUGCCCACCUUAGUUUUCUUGAUGCAUCAUACUGUCCAAAUGUAUCCCUAGAGACUGUUCGACUGCCAAUGUUAACAGUUCUGAAGCUACACAGUUGUGAGGGCAUCACUUCAGCUUCAAUGGCUGCAAUAGCUUAUAGUUCCAUGUUGGAGGUGUGUGAUUUGUCCAUGAUGCUGAUGUUAAUGUCUUACUUCUCUGGCAAGACUUGCAAAUGA